GCAUGGGCUUUUUGGGAGUUGGCUGUAAACGUAGCAAUUGUGCGAUUUUGCCCUCCGAAUUCUUCAAUUUGUUACCGUUGGUGGUUCAAUUUUCGUCGAGGCCACUUCGACUUAACUCCGAUCGGCGUUCGUCGGCGUUGAUUUGUGUCUCCCCUGUUCGACUCGAUUCCGAGUGGUGUUCGUCGGCUUCCAUUCGUGACUCCCCUGCAUAAGACUCAGUUCAGUUCGUCGUUCAUCGGCUGACCAAUUACCGGGGUAAUAUGAAAAGCAGAAGAUAUAGUGGAGGGAGGGACAGUAAGGUGAUGAUGGAUGUUUGCCCCGUUAGACUGUACUUAGUUUUUAGGCUGACUGCUCCCUUGGCUUCUAUCACCAAUUCUGCAUGUCUACGUCUUUACUACCUAAUCUCCUUCUGCAUGUCUAAACUUGCCACCUUCAUUCCCAUCUCUACUUUUCCCAAUACACUUUUCCAUCAUAAUAAUCCCAUUUUCACCCUUUUCCUCUUUCCACUUCCCACCCAUCCUCUCUAUAUCUAGAAUCCCUCCCCAUUUCUUCCCACAUGGAUUUUGAUGCUCAAGAUUUCUCCCUUGUUUGGUUUCACGCACCACAACUUCCAGAUCUAGACGUUGCUUCAUCUUCCCUCUCUUCCCAGAUCCUCAAUCAGAAUGCGGACAUGGAUCAUUUCCUCCACCUGCAGAGCAGCAGGCUGCGGAUAGCAAUCAUGGAAGAGGAGGCGCGGCAGAGAGAGAUAACAAUGCAGCGAUGCGAAACCAGAGCAAACGCUCUCCUCCUCCACAAAGACCAACAGAUCGCCGCCGCAAGAGAUAGAAAGAUGGAGCUCCAGCGCUUGCUGAAAUCGGCGGAGCUGGAAGCCGCAGCGUGGGAGAGAGCCGCGAGAGAGAGAGAAUCCGAAGUGGCCGAGCUCACCAAACAGCUGAUGGAAGCGACGUCGUUUUGCUCCUCGUCAUCAUCCACGUCAGUACUGAAAAGUUGCAAAGUGUGCCACGGUGGACAGUCGAGCGUCGUUUUGUUUCCGUGCAGACACAUUUGCUGCUGCAGAUCUUGUGAGCCGCUUUUGGACCACUGCCCACUCUGCCAAUCACUCAAGGAGGCUACUUUGCAAGUUUUUAUUUAAUUAAAUGGAUUUGUACUCCAUUAUCUUUUGGAUUUUGACCACCAGUGUAAUAUGUGAUGAUGAUGGUGAAAGUGAAAGGCUAAAGAAUCUUGCUUUUUUUA